GCGGAUGUGAGUGGAACCGACAAAGAUGGCGGUGCAGGUGGUGCAAGCUGUGCAAGCGGUUCAUCUUGAGUCUGACGCUUUCCUAGUUUGUCUCAACCAUGCUCUGAGCACUGAAAAGGAGGAGGUGAUGGGUCUAUGUAUAGGGGAGUUGAAUGAUGACAUAAGUUUCCCCCCUUUUCUAAUCUAUCUCCAAUAGGAGUGACUCCAAAUUUACAUACACUGGAACUGAAAUGCGCACAGUUGCAGAAAAGAUGGAUACCAUCAGAAUUGUUCACAUCCAUUCUGUCAUUAUCUUGCGACGUUCUGACAAGAGAAAGGACCGUGUAGAAAUUUCUCCAGAGCAGCUGUCUGCAGCCUCAACAGAGGCAGAAAGGUUGGCUGAACUAACAGGUCGUCCCAUGAGAGUUGUUGGCUGGUAUCAUUCUCACCCUCACAUAACCGUUUGGCCUUCCCAUGUUGAUGUUCGUACACAAGCCAUGUACCAAAUGAUGGAUCAAGGCUUUGUAGGACUUAUUUUUUCCUGUUUCAUAGAAGACAAAAACACAAAGACUGGUCGGGUACUCUACACUUGCUUCCAAUCCAUACAAGCCCAAAAAAGCUCAGAGUAUGAGAGAAUUGAAAUCCCAAUCCAUAUUGUACCUCAUAUCACUAUUGGGAAGGUAUGCCUUGAAUCAGCAGUAGAACUGCCAAAGAUCCUAUGUCAGGAAGAACAGGAUGCAUAUAGAAGGAUUCAUAGCCUUACACAUCUGGACUCAGUAACCAAGAUCCAUAAUGGCUCGGUGUUUACCAAGAAUUUAUGCAGUCAGAUGUCAGCAGUCAGUGGGCCUCUACUACAGUGGUUGGAGGACAGAUUGGAGCAAAACCAGCAGCAUUUGCAGGAAUUGCAACAAGAAAAAGAAGAGCUUAUGGAAGAGUUGUCUUCCCUAGAAUAAAGCAAGAGGACAAAAAUGUGAUAAUAUUGUUUCUCAGUUUGUGCACUGAAUAUGGUUCAAAACUAUAUACAACUCCUAUGUAGGCAGAUAAUUCAGGAGCACUUUUUAUAUCCCAACAGAUAGUUUUAUGUAUAUAAAAAUACAAGAUGUCUUCCUAAAACUUUUCCAGAGCUUAUAGUAUCCUCUUGCCUACAGUUGCUGUAAAAGAAAACAUGCAUGAUGAUUUACAGAAUAUGAAAGUUAUUUUGUAAGGAUUAUAAGAGAUGCAUUAGCAAAGAAUAUCUGGGAAUAAAAUGUUUGAGAAGUUUAUU